ACUCGCAUUUCGGAAGCUGUCAGCAUCCUCGAAAAGCUUACUCAUGCCGUGUCUACGCUCGGCUUAUUCUCCGACAAUGAGGAGGUAGAAGAUCUUGCGACUUCUUCCAUUCCGUUUCUUCUCAUCCCUUGCUACCUUGGUGUCGCUCAUCACAAUACCACAACAGAGCCUAGCCAUCGUGCCGACCAAUUGCAACUUGCCAAGAAUUGCGAGAACUGGAAAAUUGCUAGAUAUCGAAAGCAGCAGGAAUUGAAAAAGACAAUGUCUGAGUUGAAGAAGCAGCUGGAGCAGAACAACGGCGACGAGUCACUCUUGAGAAGUCUCCAUUUGGCAGUGGUAAAAUAUUGGCAAGAAAAAGUUAUCGAAGAACUUGAAUCGAUUGAAGACGAGCUUCCUCUCGUAGAAAUGAUGAAAAAACGUAUGCAAGAAAACAGCAAUGGAUCAGCAACAUCAAAUCGGCCAUUACAGAAAAGUGACACGAAACCAGCACCGUUGCGACCCUUCAUAAUUGCACGAACAGAGCAGC